CCUGGGGGGUUCAGGGGGUAAGAGGACUCCAGAAGGUGUAAACCUGAGAGAAGAUGUACCAGACUUUGUGGGUUCCCCCAGAGAGCUGACGCCAAGCUUCAGGGGCACGCCACCUCCUCUUCCUCCAACUACCUACAGGUCUAUCAUGUCUUCCCCGGGACCCUACUCAGGCAGCAGCCCCUCAUCUCCAGCUCGUCCUACCACACCUCAGUCUCGAGGCAGCCCAGUCCCUCCGCCUCCUCCUCCUCGUCCGUCCUCCCGACCAAAGCUGCCCCCGGGGAAACCAAUCACAGACCUGACCCGGCCAUUCAGUCCGCCAGUUUCAAGCAGCCCCCCGCCUUUUGCCCCCCUGGCCCGGGCAGAGAGCUCUUCAUCAAUCUCCUCCAUUACCUCACAGAGUGCAGCGUCCACCCCAACUUUAGGAAGGGACCUCAACUUGUCCACCACAGGGUGCUCCAGAGGUCCCAGUCCACUCACCAUGGGACCCCAAGACACUCUGCCAGUGGCAGCUGCCUUCACAGAAACCAUCAAUGCCUACUUCAAAGGCGCUGACCCCAGCAAAUGUGUUGUGAAGAUCACUGGGGAGAUGGUGCUGUCCUUCCCCGCUGGCAUAACCAGGCAUUUUGCGAGCCACCCAGCUCAACCUAUCCUCACUUUUAGCAUCAGCAACUUCAACCGACUGGAGCAGGUCCUCCCUAAUCCACAGCUGCUGUGCUGUGAUUCCACUACAGACAGUGUAGACAGAAAGGAGUUCUGGGUAAAUAUGCCAAACUUGAUUAGCCAUCUAAAGAAAGUGGCUGAACAGAAGCCUCAGGCGACAUACUACAAUGUGGAUAUGAUCAAGUAUCAGGUCUCAGCAGACGGGAUCCAGUCCACUCCUUUAAACCUGGCAGUGAGCUGGCGUGGCGAUGGCACCAACAUAGACCUUAGAAUAGACUACAAAUACAACACGGAGGCUCUGGCUGCCCCGGUGCCGCUUCACGACAUCAACUUCCUGGUUCCUGUUGAUGGAGGCAUUGCCAAACUACAGGCCAUGAUCCCACCUGCCACCUGGAAUCCGGAGCAGCAGACAAUACAGUGGAAAAUCCCAAGCUUGUCUCACAGGUCUGAGAAUGGAGGAGUAGGGGCUCUCCUGGGCCGGUUCCAGAUGAUCGAGGGUCCCUGUAAACCCUCCCAGCUGGCAGUCCAGUUCACAAGCGAAGGAAGCACUCUGUCAGGCUGUGACAUCCAGCUGGUCGGGACUGGCUACCGGCUAUCAUUGGUCAAGAAGAGAUUUGCUGCAGGGAAAUAUUUGGCAGAUAAUUAGAGGACCUGUUUGCGAACAGAACCAAGAAAAUCAAUGGCUUUUGACUGUGAAGACUAUGGAUCAUCCCAUGUUUAGUGCAUUUGAAAAUUUAUCUUUAGGAGCCAUUAGAUUUAAUGGCUGGAGUUUAUUAGAGUAACAGAUAACAACACACAGAGGUGAAAUGUGACAUUCUCGGUCAACUGACUGCUGCUGAGUUUAUGCAAGUAAAUACAAGUCAUUAGUUUUGUGCACUUGGAACACUUAUGAGCUUAUGUAGAGUAACGUUUAGGGAAACCCCAAGUCUAUGUUCUUGUUAACUUAAAAAUAAUUGUGGAUUUCAUACAGUGAUCCAGCUUUAUUUGUUCUAUUGUCCUCUUGUUUCACGGGUUAUCACUUUGAAUGCACUCUUAAAGAUGAUGGGAAUAAGUUGUAUGACAAAACAAUCUUAAACGAGGUGGAAAAGAUGGAAAACGUUUUAACAUAGGUUUGCUUUGCAGAUGUAUUCCAAUUAGUGAUAGUCACAUGGUACUGUCUGAUUUGCACUGCCACCUUUAAAUCAGAUGUUUUUGUUUAUUUUCAACAUGUGUGACUGUCGUGAUCGUUGCCCGAGCAGGAUGUAUUCCUCUGUGUGGACAGCUUUGACACCGUCACAUCCUUUUUAUCUGUCUUAUGAUUAAAGGUGACAGUUUAAAAUGACCUGCAGCACUGGAAGAACAUCAGCACUAUGAAUCCUAAGGUGCUCUUGACAUGGAAUUAUGUUUGCACCUCAGUCCUGGGAACUUUAGGGAACAAUUUGAUCAUGGGUCAUGAUCAUUUCCUUCUAGCACAUAAAUUCAAUUUUGUAGGGAAACUCGUCAGAAUAAAGGGCGGAAUAAUUAGAGCAAAUAAAACUGUUUGCUCUAUGAUUUGUAUGCUUGAUCCAUUUAUUCAUCAUAAGCCCAUGUUAACCAAGAUCCAAACUUAAUGCUUAUUUUCCUUCCUUAGACUGAAUGAACCAUUUUGAUUUGGUUUGGAAAGUUAUGGAUUGGAUUAUUGGAGCUAGAAGUGGCCAUAUUUGGAUGACUGGGUUGCGUGCUAAGUUCGCUCUAGGUUCACUUAAGUAAUAUAGAGCAGAGACUUCUAGGGCAUGAUGUGCAACACAGCAGGACAUUUGGCAGAUGGCUCCGAGAAUGAUCAAAAAGACACCCACAUGCACGACGGGUCUAGUUCCUAUUAACAGAGGUGAUGCCUUGCAGAAAACGAGUGGCAUAGUUAGUCCACUGUGGACACCACUGUCAUUGGAAAUGGAAAGUUUUUUUACUGAAUUGUAAAUGUUAGAGGUGGGAAUCACCAGACGGUUGGGUGAAAGUCACAUAUCUGUUGAUGUCUUCACAGACAAAUUCACAUUUGAGCCGAUGUGAGUUUACUAACUAACGUUAUCUCAGGAUGAUGGUGAUUGACCUGAGCGCUUUUGUUCGUAGUAUUCAGAGUAUUUUCAUUCAUUUCAUAAAAUAUCGAUAUUUGGUGUUCAUGUAUUGAUAAAAUACUGCAAUAAUAUGCAGUGUCAUUUUUUCCCCACCUCCUAGUUUAUGGAGAUUGACUCAUUUUUGGAGGCAGCCUCGAGUGGACGUUAAAGGAACUGCAGUUUUGGUCAUUUCAGAGUCAAAAAUCAGGCCUCAGUUUGUUGAGUGCAAAAGUCAGAAAGUGAAGAAUUUCUUUACAAACCACACUUGAUGUGCUGGAAAGACUGUGCUCAGGGCUGAAGCGCAUACAUAACGCCAUACUUUCACACACACAGCCUUUAAACACUACUACUGGAAGCAUUUUUACCAUUAACGAGUCGUGUUGGCAGAGAGUUAGAGCAGUGUGACCUGGUGCACAACAAACACAUCGAAUUACCACUAAAGGGCAAGUGCAAUGUUGAGAUACAUCAAAGGUCUCACAUUACAGGACACAGGUGGAGUUUGUGGUGGUGUUUUGUGGGUAGAAUUGGAUUAUACUGAGCUGAUGCUUAUGUGUGAAGCUGCUACUUUCACUGGGACAGCUCGGGUAAUUUAUCCAGAAGUUAUAUUAGAAAGUCUAGAGCCAGAUGCAAGAGUGCCAUACACUGAGGAAAAGGACCUUUAAGUUUCCAGAGAAAUCUAAAGGGACCAGGGCUGAUGAUUGUAGGAGUUGCCUUUGAUGCUGCUUAUAACUCUGACAAUAAUCUUUGAUGGAGGACAUCACAGAGCAAUGAAAAGAAGUGUCUAUCAAAAAGACAGCACUAUUUAUUUCCCUGCUUUAUUUUCUCCCUUUUCCCACCAUGUCGAAUAAAUGUUUUAUCAUUUUCUAAUAGCAAUAUUUAAAAGACUUAAGUGUAAAAAGUGUACAUAAAAAGCUAUGUUUCAAAUAUUUCUCUGAGCAUAUGGACGUGUCUGUGAUCGUCUCUUGGUUUAUUGAUGUCAGCGCUCAUAAUGCAUUUGGUUCUGCGUAACGACACACAACACUCUCUUCAUCUAACGUGGGUUUCUUGUAACAAAAAAACAAAGAGAAAAAAAAAGAAAAGGUGUUGAUGAAUAACUCCAAACAGUGGCGCAUGAAAUCUGCACCUGUCCAUCGCCGGUCUUAUCAAUGCAAUACCACUUUAUCCAUUUCAGUGAGGUCAUGAUGUGUGUGUUGUUGUAUCAGUGUGCUUUGAGAAGAGACUCCUUUGCCUUCACUUGCGCCUCCAUUCUCUAUUUUGCUGGUGAUGCACCUUCAGAAACUCAUUGUCAAUCAAAUCUGGCAUGCGUUCAAUGACGUACCCAUCCCAUGCAUCCGAUAUAGGUGUUUGACAUCCUCCUGUGUUUGACUUGCACACAAAAGCACACCUUCAAUUUUCUUCAUGAAACAAAUUGUUGCUUCAUGUCACAUGUGUGUGUUUCACUUUUUUACAGAGCGUUUCCAUGUGUUGACUCACACUUUGGACUCGGGCAAAAUUUAGUUCCUUAGAAAAAAGAAACAUGGCUUUUUUUUGGUUGAGUAAGAACGACUUAUGUUUUUCUUCUGUUGAAUAUGCUUAUAUUUUUCUUUGCCUUAUUUUUGAGUGUACACUAAUAUUCCAAAACCAGAGGUUUUCUGUAAGUUUAUUUUUUCUACAACUUUUUUGGCUGUAUGUAUUCUUUCACUGCAUUAGGAUCAGAAUAUGCAAACAUUUCAUGUAAAUUUCCCAUCCAAAGAUUUUGAGAGUAAAUAUAUGAAAAAAAAGUCAUUAUAAUGUAAUACCUGUUUUACUUGGUAAUAAAGAAGAGGAAAUAAGAGUCA